AAAUGGUCACUGUUUUACACGAUGAGAGCGAUCGCAGUAAAGGAGUACAUUGGCUCGACCGCAGCCUUCUUUGCAGUCGAGGAAGGAAUGAUCAUCAAGUCAAUACAUCCAAAAUUAGCCGAAACAGAGGGAUAUAAGUUGCUCGUUGAGGAUAAGAUUCUUAAGAGCUUAGGAGAGCAUCCGAGGAUUGUCAAGUACAGAGGCUAUCAAAAUGAUUCGGAACUCAAAGGACUGCUGUUUCUUGAGGCAAGCCACGGUGAUUUACAACACUACAUCGACCAAAACAACGACAAGAUAGAUAUUCCAAUGCGGAAGAAGUGGUGUCUACAGGCGACAGAGGCCAUUCAGUACAUCCACAGCAAAGGCGUUAUACAUUCGGACCUUCGACCAGAAAACUAUCUCGUUCACCGAUCGCUAAAUUCUCUCGAUCUCCAAUUGUGCGAUUUUGGCGGUUCGAUGUGUCGAGACUUAGGUGUAGAUGGGAGAGGCCUACCAGAUCCUCCUUUUUGGAAUUUGAGCUGGGAGUCAACAGUCGGCACAGACAUAUUCAGUCUAGGAUCUAUCUUCUAUACCAUCAUGACUGGCCUAUGGCCUUACAAAACGAGUCACCUGACCAAAGAGGAGGAAGAAGAUAAGUGGCAGUUCGAAGACCGAGUUAUUGCGCUGCUAGAAAGGGGUAUAUAUCCUGAUGUGGGAGGGAUAAUAGGCGGUACAAUUAUGAUGCAAUGCUGGAAGAAACAGUAUCACAACGCAGACGAUAUUCUAGAGGCACAGUUGAAACUUUCUCAAGGGCUCACAUAAUAAGCUAACAAGAUGAGGCUUAAGAUCUCAGACUACAAACUUCGUCGUAAC